CUCUGCAGCAUUGCAUCGAAGAUAGGGCAUGUAAACGGGUGCAAAGAAAAAGGGCAUGGAUACAAAUAUAUUUAAUUUCUCAAUAAAAAAGACUAUCAUAAGAAUAAGGAAGCGCUGGUAAUAUACGCAAGUAACGCAACCGAAGACAGGACCCUCUUAUUCCAGUGCAUAUUAAGGUAUUCCACGGAUAAUCCAUAGUUCCGCCGUGUUCGCCAUGGCUAACUCAUGUGGGACAGUGGAGAUGGCGUCAUUGGAAUGUGCUGCCUCGAAUCUGGCAUGUGAAGCAUCACCGGAGCCUGACAGUGGGGCGCUGAGGAUGGUACUGGUGGGGAAGACAGGCGCAGGGAGAAGCUCUUCUGGUAACACCAUCCUAGGGAGGCAGGCAUUCCGGGUGGACAUCUCUUCAUGUUCUGUAACUGGUCAGUGUGACAGACAGAGUGGAACUGUGGCUGGGAGGAACCUCACUGUGGUCGACACCCCAGGGUUCUUCGACACGCGCCUCUCCCCUCAGGAGGUGACGGCUGAGGCAGGACGCUGUGUGGUGCUGUCCGCCCCUGGCCCCCACUCCUUCCUGGUGACCCUUCAGCCUGGCAGGUUCACUCAGGAGGAGCGGGAUGCCCUGGAGUGGGUCACGGCCACUUUUGGACCAGGAGCCCUCAGAUACACAGUAGUACUGUUCACCUGGGGUGACCAGCUACAGGGAAAAAACAUGGAAGACUUCCUGAAGGAGAGCCAAGAGCUCCAGGAGUUUGUGAGUAGAUGUCAGGGGGGCUACCAUGUCUUCAACAACAGCAACAAGAUAACAGACUGCACUCAGGUCACAGAGCUCCUGGAGAAGAUAGACAAGAUGGUGGCGCAGAACGGAGGUGGCUGUUACACCAACCUGAUGUACCAUGAGGCAGAGAGAGCCAUCAGAGAAGUGCAGGAAGGAAUUCUGGGAGAGAGAAGGAUGACUCCAUUGAAGCAGGAGGAGGAUGGGGUGAAGACAGGGCCAGAGCCUCAGGGACCGGAGGCAGAGAGAAUGAGAAGGAGGGAAGAGGAGGAGAGGAGAAGAGAGGAAGAGGCAGCCAGAAAGAAGGCAGAGAAGUUGUUCUGGUGUGAGCUGGUGUCUGCCCUGGGGAAGGGGGCGGCAGAGGGAGCUGGAGUAACAAGCAAAGGGAAAGGGAAAGCAGUGAAAAAGGUUAAGGCGAUAGAGAGGGCAGCAGCUUUGGCUACCACACCGCUGUCAAUCACAUCAGCUGCCAAAGUGGUGGGAGGAGCUGUGAGAGAGGGAAGUAAAGUGCUUUACAAACACCGCAAAACUCUCCUACACUGACGGGGACUUUUAAUAUCCACUAUUAUUCACUGUAUGGUGCUGGGUUAUCAGGUAGAAGAUGAGGGUCUUAAAUAACCCAUGUAUUUUUUCUGUCUAUGAAGUGCAAAUUAGUUUCACACACUUAUUUAUCACUCAACUGUGUUCCCUGAAAAAUCCUCACAAUGACUUCAUAAGGCAGGCUUGCUAAAGAGCCCCGAUGCACUUUCUUCCAUUGACAGUCAUAGUUGAUGAAGCUAUUAAUGCACUAACACACGGAGGUAAAUGAUCAGAAAGUGAAUAAGAGUUGACAGUUGAAUACUCAAUAGAAAAGUAAGUGUGCUGUGAAUUUUUGAAUGGUGUGAAUCAAUUGUGCGUGUGGUUUUGAGUGGUGUGAAUCACUUGUGUGUGUGUGUGUGGUUUUGAGUGGUGUGAAUCACUUGUGUGUGUGUGGUUUUGAGUGGUGUGAAUCACUUGUGUGUGUGUGUGGUUUUGAGUGGUGUGAAUCACUUGUGUGUGUGUGUGGUUUUGAGUGGUGUGAAUCACUUGUGUGUGUGUGGUUUUGAGUGGUGUGAAUCACUUGUGUGUGUGGUUUUGAAUGGUGUGGAUCGCUAGUGUGAGUAUGCAGGAGUAAACAUCCUGGUGUGAUGAAACAAUUUAAAGUAAUCAACACGAAGAACCUGAUGAACCAGUAAAGAUACAUUUUACUGACCUGAUUUACAAAUUAUGAAGGUUCUUUGUAUUAAAAUGUUGAUCAUUACAACAUGGGCACCACAGUUGUAAAAGUUUGGCACACAUAUACACAUUUAGUAGUACCAAGACACUUAGUGUAAGUACCUUUCCAUUUUGUUGAAGCAUUAAUCUGCCUUUGCCAUUGUAAUCCUGGUCCCAAAAUGCUGUCAAUAAAUGUUGAGAUAUGAAUGAACUCUAGUUAGUGAGAAAUAACUCAUCAAAUACAAAAUAUAUUUUGUUUGAACUGUGACAUCACACAAAUGUGUAUUCGUUCUGCUUAAUGAAAUGCAUUAAUAUUAAAGGAAUGGAAAUGACUGGUAAAAAUCAAAGUACAGAAUACAACGUAUUUAAGAAGAACCUUGGUUCAGUCAAGAAGUGGACGGAUAUAAGAGUUACAUACAUGACUGCGUUCUGUAUGGCAUCUCCAUGGACGUAUUAUCAGAAAGGGAAGAACAUAGCACAACUCUUGACACGGAUGGCAAAUAUCACCCAGAGCAGCCUAAAUACAUGACUUCCAAUGAACUCUGCUUGGUGAAACAAUGGAAGCCUUGAAGGUUGGUCACUGUUAUAUGUAGAAAUUGUGAAAAGACAGGAAAGCAGAACAAAUGUCUCACAUAUAUAUACAAUGUUUACACCAUUCUGAUGUAAUAAGACAUUCAAUAUGCCAUUUACUAGAAAAGGACAAAUAAGGCACAAACUCCAUUGGACUAAUUCAAGCGGGACAAUAUCUG